UAAUUUUUAAGGUAAUGUUUCUGGUUUUUUAUCAUUUUGGUUUCUAAACCACGUGGUCUUAACAUUUUUGGUAAACUAGUACUAGCAGUUCUCAAUGUUUAGUGAACAUAGGAAUUAUAUAUACUUGCUUAAAAUGCAAAUUCCCAGGAAUGGAGGUUACAUUUUACUAAAUGCCUUUCAAGUACUAUAUUUCAUAUACAAUGUCUGAUACAUUGCAAAUACAGUAUGUGAUAAAUUUUCAUUGGUUGAUUCAACAAAUACUUAGCACCUACUAUGGGCUGAGGAUAUAGAAGUGAACAAAGUAGACAAAGUUCUUAUUCUCUCUUGUCUUUUCUGAAAUGAUUUUAGGGCAUAAACACUUGAAAGAUAGACAAGUCUUUUGAGUCCAAAGGGUAUUACUUGCACACUGUUUAUGCUUAGAUUUUUUGAGCUAAUUAGGUUACUGCAUUUUUCUUUCUUUGUAUUUUUCACUAAUGAUUGGACCCAGGUACACCUAAUCACUGAACUCAAUUCCCAGCUCUUUUUAUUUUUAAAUUGAGACAGGGUCUCACUAAGUUGCUGAGGCUGGCUUUGAAUUUGGGAUCCUCCUGUCUCAGCCUACCAGGCCACUGGAAUUAUAGGCAUGAACCACCGUGCCCUGCAGCUCUACCUUCUUUUGACUGCUUAAUUUAAUUUCUAUGUUUUACUGCUCUAUUGACAGGGUACUGGAAAUGAAAACAAGAAUAUGCUGUUUUAUCCUUAUGGCUUUUAGUAUAUGCUGACAUAUUGUUUAUGAUGGCAUCUGAGACUGAGAAGACUCAUGCUUUACUCCAGUCUUGUAGCACCGAGUCUCUUAUUUCUAGUCUUGGUCUGGGGAUAUUUUGCUUAGUAGCUGACAAACUUCUUCAGUUUUCCAUAAUCCAGCAAAAUGACUGGCUUCGUGCCCUCUCAGAUAAUGCAGUACAUUGUGUGAUUGGCAUGUGGUCAUGGGCAAUAGUCAUUGGAAUUAAGAAGAAGACUGAUUUUGGAGAAAUCAUUUUAGCUGGAUUUUUAGCCUCUGUUAUUGAUGUGGACCACUUUCUUCUAGCUAGAUCUCUGUCUUUAAAGGCAGCUUUGAGCCUUCCGAGAAGACCUUUCCUUCACUGUUCUACUGUGAUUCCUGUUGUGGUUCUGACCCUGAAGUUUGCUAUGCACCUUUUCAAGCUCAAAGACUCAUGGUGUUUUCUUCCCUGGAUGUUAUUCAUAUCCUGGACCUCACACCAUAUUCGAGAUGGAAUUCGUCACGGCCUGUGGAUGUGCCCUUUUGGAAAAACUUCUCCUUUGCCAUUCUGGCUUUAUGUUAUAACCACAUCAUCUUUACCUCAUAUCUGUUCAUUUGCUAUGUAUUUAACAGGGACCAGACAAGUGAUGUCUUCAAAACAUGGAAUUCGAAUUGAUGUCUGAUGUAACUAGGUGGCUUUUAGAGAACAAAUGGUUCAGAUGAUGAUAACAAAGGGUAGCCAACAUUAAAGUGAAUUUUUGAAAACACAGAUACUUAUAUUAUUUAAUUUUUAUAAUUUUGAGUACUUCUUGCUCAGAAAGCAUCUAUUAUUUUUUAAAAAUUAUGUUUGUUAUAGCUGGGUAUAGUGGCACACACCUAUAAUCCCAGUGACUUGAAGGCUAAGGUAGGAGGAUCACAAGUUCGGCAAUUUAGGAAAACCCUUUCUCAGAUAACAAAAGGGCUGACGUUUAUAGCUCAGUGGUAGUACAAUCCUCAAUACCAUCAAAAAUUAUAUUUGUUCUACAUCUCUCAUAUGUCACUCUAGUGCAAUAUUAGACUUUCACUUUUGCCAUGAUAUGUUUUUAUUGCUGCUUGUGUUUCUGUGGCUUUAUUAGUACUUUUGUUAAAUUAACAUCCAGUUAGUUGUCUGGUAUUAUACCUGUAAGUUAGUCCAUUUCCUGAUGAAAAGCUCAAAUUUAAGGAUGACAAAUUUGUGGAAAGUUAACUAUUUUUGGGUCUACUUUUUCUUGAGAUACUGAAACAAUGAAGUAGCCAAAAAUGAGAUUGUAAGUAAGAUAUAGAGUGAGGGCUAGCAUGUAUUUGUUCCACAUAUGUCAAUUCUGACUGAAACUUAACUUUCAAAGUGCUUUAUGAGUUAUGAUUACUGGCAAAAAUCUGAUUCAGAGCCCUUGUAAGACAACAUAAUAUUUAUAAAAGACAGUGACUCACAUUAGACCUAGGUUAAGAUUUCAGAAACCAAUUUAAGAAAUAUUUAUAACACAUUAACUAUAGUUACAUUUACUAAAUUAGUAUUUUUUAGAAUCUUCACUUGAGAAUCUCAUGUCAGGGCUGGAGUUGUAGCUCAGUGAUAGAGCACUUGCCUGGCAAGUGUGAGGCACCGGGUUCGAUCCUCAGCACCACAUAAAAAAAUAAGCAAAUAAAAUAAAGGUAUUGUGUCCAUCUACAACUGAAAAAAAAAAUUUUUAAAGAAUCUCAUGUCAGUAUUUUAACUGUUUUGAAAACCAUAACUAAAUUUAACAAAAUGUUAACAAAAAUAGUAUUAACAAAACAUUGGUACAUGUCAUUUCAAAUGAAACUCCUGAUUGUGCCAUUAAAAUAGUUUUAGUUGCUAUCACUUUGUCUAUACAUUAUUCUAAAAUAUUAUACUAAUAAGAUCAUUUUAAAAAAUCUGCCUGAUACUUAGAGACAAAACUUUUUUUCCCCAAAUUUAGUAGUUUUUCCUUUGUUCUUUCAGACUGAUCUACUAAAUGAUUAGUAGAAAACUUCAGUUGCUGUAGACUUUAUAUUUGCAGUUUCAUGUUACUUUGAUAUUAAAGUCAGUAACUCAGAGGAAACCUGCCUUUCUUUGUGGUCUAUGUGCCAUCUGCUGUCUUCAGAUUUUCUUACAGAUUUGUGACUUAUAAUGCUAGUGAUUGUGUGCCUUUUUCUCUAGAAAUAAUGGACAAUUCAGAAAGCAAUGCCUUAUCCAAAGCAGAGUUUUCUUAUAUGUUAAGUUAAAGUUAGGUUCAAGAUCCUCAGAGAAGUAACCAUUUUUCUUACUGUUAAAUUUGUUGUAAUCUGUUAUGUUACAGUCUAUUAGAUCUUAUGAUCUGUUAUUAUCUUUCAAGAGUAAUGGUUAUGUACAUUCAUUUAGUUUAGUAGUGAACAUUAUAUGAUGGGAUAAAUUUGAUUAGAGUUUUUUUUUAAGCAUCUUGAUUUAAGAAAUCAUGGAAAUAAAGUCUGUAUCU